AAAAUCCCUCACUCAAUAGCUGGUCACAUCGAAAGCUGAAGAGUUUCGCACAGAUCAGCGCGUAUUAUUUGUGUUUUGCGUACUUUGUUAUAGGCACUAACUUUACACUUAUAACUUCAUUUGCACGGCGUAUUGAAAAUUCCUCUUGGAGUGCUUUUAGAUACGAAAAAACAUAGUGCUGAUAAGCUGAGCGCCAUGAAACCUGAGCACCAGAACAUCUUUUCGCAAAAGUCGCGAUCCUCCCCACACUCCAGCACUGAGAACAAUUCGACCGGCAGUGAUUCGGAAAUGGAAUUUGUGGGGCCAAGCGCACAAGGAAUGCUGAAAAGCAAGACAAAAUGUGAAAGACAAAUAACUGAACUACAGCGAAAGUUGGCUGAGGUUGAAAUAAAUCUAAUGGCCCAAAAGGAAAAGCUUGAAAAUUCCGUCAAGGAUAAGGAUGAUUUUAUUAAAAACCUGCAAUUUUCGAUUGAUUUAGUAACGCAAACCAAAGAUAUGACCAUACAGAAAUUACAGACUGAAAUAAUUGGCUUGCAAAAUGCUCUCGACUUGAGUAGGAUUGCAAUUAAGGACAACGACAGAGAAAAAAGUACUCCAGCGGAAAUUAAUGAUAAAUUUUUAAAUGAAAAUAAGGAGUUAAAUGCAAAAUUACAAGAAAAGAAUGAUUGCAUUGCUGAAUUAGAUUCCGAGACACGGAAAUUUGUAAAAAUUCUGCAAGAAAAGGAAACCGAAGUCGCCAUACUAGAAUUUAAAAUUGACGAGUCGAAGCAAAAAAUUAUGAAAUUGGAAGGUAAAGUACAGGAGAAGAACGAAAAGCUAGAGAAAAUGGGAAAAAUAUUGACUGAGUACAUCGGCAAUCCCAACGACACCGAUGAAUUUGUAUUGUUAAGCUCAUCCACGGUGCCUUCAAUUAAGUUGGUGACACUACCUGAUUUCGAACCCUUUGCCUCAGUAUUCGAGGAUAUCCCUUCUGCCGGUCGUGGUUGGAUGGUAAUCCAGCGUAGGAUCGAUGGCAGUUUCGAUGACGAGAUUGUUUCAAAUCUUAGGACUGGCUGUGGGGAUUUGGCUGGCGAGUUCUGGAUUGGCCUUGAAAAAUUACAUAGGAUGACGGCAAAUCGAAGAAUGGAACUGUAUAUCACCCUUGUCGACUUCGACAAUGUUAGUGCUUAUGCAAGAUAUGAUCAUUUUGUUAUUGGGGGCUCAAAAGAGGAAUACAAACUGCUUUCCCUCGGCAAAUACUCAGGAAAUGCUGGCGACGCUUUUCGCAGUCACAUAAACCAAAUUGCAACAGCCGGUCCUUUCGCUUUCUCGUUUGAUUCGAAAUGGUGGGGUACAGGCAACUGCAAUUUAAACGGAAAAUAUAGAACAUCGAAAGUUCUGUUGAACACCCACGAUGGCAUUUGGUGGGGUAAAUGGAAUUUGGAAAAUAGAUUUUCCCUAAAAUCGUGUAAAAUGCUAAUCAGGGCAAGGCCAUGAGCAAAAAUACAAGGGUUUGUUAAAUAACCUUGCCUUAUUUAGUCCCUUCUAUCUGAAAUAAUAGGGAAAAAACGAAAGUGGAUUAACUGAUGUACCAUUAAUAUUUGUAAAAUAUUACGUUUUAUAUCAAAACAAUUUUUAUAAAUCCUAUAAAUUCUGUACUUGCUUGUAAAAUCUUGUUUACCUGGAAAUAUACAUCGAUAUUGCACCAGUCA